AUGAACGAAAAAAAAGGCAUUUUACCGAAUUCAACGACCAUUAAAAGAAGCGGACGAAAAGGUUUGCUCUAGCCCCAGUUUGCCUCAGUCUCUCUCCCCUCCAACAAAGUAAGGAUUAAUGUCUCGGAGCAUCUCGUACGUAACGGGCUCUCAACUUCUUACCCUCAAACGCCGCCCCAAUAUUGCUAUUAUCGACGUGAGGGACGAUGAGAGGAGUUAUGAUGGGCAUAUAGCUGGGUCGCUGCACUACGCGAGUGAUACCUUUGCUGAUAGGAUCUCUCAGCUCGUUCAGCAAGUCAAAGGGAAGGAUACCCUUGUUUUUCAUUGCGCUUUGAGCCAGGUUCGUGGUCCAACUUGUGCUCGAAGGUUUGCUAAUUAUCUGGAAGAGAUGAAAGAGGAUACAGAAAUAAAAAACAUCUUGGUUUUGGAACGUGGCUUCAACGGCUGGGAAGCAGCUGGUAAGCCUGUUUGUCAUUGUACCAGUACCCCGUGCACGGCUGAGAGUGCUCAGUAAUUGUUCAAAAGACAUCCUCUCUUAGGAGGAAAUAUACCCACCUAUAUAAACUGGCUGUUAGAGAUUUCUAUUGACUGUUUAAUGUAUUUUCCAUGUAUCCAAUAGUCUACAGUGGCUUUUGGAAUGUUAGGAAGAGACAAAAGUUUCCCCAUUUCCCUUUCCUUAUUCAUCUCUCCUUUCCUCUA